UGUGUGUGUGUUUUGUUUUGUUUUAAUAGGUGCCUUCCACUAAAUUUUCGGAAAGAUGAAAUAAGAGGGAUUUAUAAAGAUCGGAUGAAAAUUGGAGCAAACCUUGCUGAUGUUGACCCAAUGCAACUAGAUUCUUCAGUACGAUUUGACAGUGUUGGUGGCCUGUCGAGUCACAUUGCAGCACUAAAGGAGAUGGUAGUGUUUCCCUUACUGUACCCGGAAGUCUUCGAGAAGUUUAAAAUCCAGCCCCCCAGAGGUUGUUUGUUUUAUGGUCCACCUGGAACUGGAAAAACAUUGGUUGCUAGAGCACUUGCCAAUGAGUGCAGCCAAGGGGAUAAAAGAGUGGCCUUUUUCAUGAGGAAAGGGGCUGAUUGUCUGAGUAAAUGGGUUGGAGAAUCGGAAAGGCAGCUGCGAUUGCUUUUUGAUCAGGCCUAUCAGAUGCGACCAGCAAUUAUUUUCUUUGAUGAAAUCGAUGGUCUGGCUCCAGUACGAUCUAGCAGGCAAGAUCAGAUUCACAGGUAAAACUUGCUUGUGCUGAUGUUAUAUGAAAGACAAGUAUUAAAUGGUGAGAGAAACCCAAAUA